CCAGCGCGUGACGUCUAAGGCCGCGUUACCUUGCGAUCACGUGGCGUGACGUAGAUCAAUGUUAGGUCGUGAUUGGUGCUGACAAACGUGCUGACGACAGAUCGAACGCGUCAUUGGUUUGAAGCAUUGAGCAAUUUAGCCAGGAGUGGCGUUUUAUUUCUACUGGAAUAAAUAAGCACCCACAGCAUCCGCUGAGAGCAAUCUCGUGUGGUGCGCUGCGACGGGGCCAACGUCUCAGCGCAAGUAACCCUGCAGCACACGGGCGUGGAAUUACAGCUGAGAUGUCACACAAGAAAGGCAUACCUGGUGGAAGUCCGUACCCAGUCCAGGCACCAGGGACAUAUCCAACGGCACCACCUGCCUACAGUCCUGUGAACUACGCUGCAUUCCCCCAGCAGGUGGCCUCUCAGGGUGGUGCGUGGGGUCAACCACCGCCACCCUACUCGGCCGCCCCCAGCUAUGGCCAACCACCGGCCGGCUACAGCUACGGUCAGCCGCUGCCAGCUGGCUCCGGCCCACCCCAGUGGGCUGGGCAGCCGGCAAUGGUGAUGGCACCUGGCCAGUACCCGCCCCCUGGCGUGCAGAUGGGACCUGGCACGGAGGUCCAUGUGCCGGGUGCAUUCAAUGCCGGCGCGCGGUUCGACGGGCACGCGCAGCCGCGCAUCCCGCCGCCGCCGCCGGGCGUGGCGCCCAACAUGGCGCAGCUUGCGGCGAUGAGUGGCGCGCGCGUCGUCACGUCCCAGCAGAAGAGCGACAAGUGGGUGGGCGGCGCGGGCGGCGGCGCCGUCUUCUGGUAGACGGUGUGAGGCAUCUCGCGCUUACGUUCCGAGACCGCACUGGUGAACCUGAUGGUGCUGGAUUUUUGUUUGUUAAUAGGGAGUAGAUGUCUUGACCAAAGCCAGGGGAGAAUGCAACGCGUUUGUGAGGCACUGAGCGAAGUAAUUGGCGAAGGACCGUGGGUGUGUGGCAAAGCCGCGCGGACCAACUGCACUGGCCAUAUUUGCAAGCUUUCUUGUGGGGUUGUCUUUAAAAGUUCAAGGCCUGUGGUCAUGUCGUGUGCCAAGAUUGAGAGACCACUGCACUGCUGGAAAGUCUGAGUUACACUGCAUUUAUUUACUCUUUUUGAGCUGCGGCGUCUAGGCUGCAACACUUCUGCUUGUAGCGUACUAGAUGUUUGCAGCCAUUGCGCCAAGCAUUCAAGAUGAGCUAGGGCGUGUCAACAGGACAGCUGUAUCUGCAGGUAAAUAAUACAACUACUAUUAUACUGUGAUCGUGGGGGCUGCUGAAAUCGUCCGUCGUCGAUCAGUACCCUGAUUAUUGGUUUAUUGUACAGUUUUCCUCCAGUCGGACUUAGGUGUCUAUGCUAAGUUGCGGAGCGCGUGCUAUAAUGUCAGCAUGCCGCAAAACAUAUUUUUUGUAAUUGGAAUCGCACCUGAAUAAAGCUUUUGAUGGCGUGAA